UGGUAGCGUAAACAACCCCAGCAGCUGUUGAGACGUGACCACAGUGAUAUUGAUUCAUCUUAUUUUACCUUUUUUCAUUAUAAUAAUGGGGAAUGCCGAUACUAAACUACAUUUUAGGAAAGCCGUUGUUCAGCUGACGACCAAGACACAGCCCAUUGAUGCAUCGGACGAGUCGUUCUGGGAACAGUUCUGGAGUGAGCUGGUAACGAGCGUACAAGAUGUGUUUGCCCUCAUACCUGCCGCUGAGAUUCGUUCCCUCAGAGAAGAGGCGCCGUCCAACCUUGCAACACUCUGCUACAAAGCUGUUGAGAAGCUGGUGCGGGCGGCAGACACAGGAUGCUCUACACAACAGGAGCAGCAAAUUGUACUGAACUGCAUAAGAAUACUAAUGCGAGUGAUACCGUACAUCUUCGAGGACCCAGACUGGAGGGGAUUCUUCUGGUCCAGUUUACCGGCCGGGGGAGAGGAGGAAGGUUCAGGAGAGUCUGUACCACUAGCACACAGCCUCAUACAUGCAUUGUGUGAUCUGCUCUUCUGUCCGGACUUCACAGUGACGACCAAUAAGAAAUCAGGACCGGACAAGCACGAGGACCUGCAGAGUAUCGACAGUUGUGAAUUCAUCUGGGAGGCGGGAGUAGGGUUUGCUCACUCCCCACCUCACGUGCCAGCGCAGGAUAUAAACCAUACAGAGAUCCUCAAACUUAUCCUUACCUGCUUCAGCCAGAGUAUAUACCAAGCUUCCUCGGCAGAUGCAACAGACGCUCCAAAUCGGUGGAUAACGGUGUUCACCUCGGCCGACAACCGUCACGCUCUGCCACUGUUCACCUCGCUGCUCAACGUCGUGUGUGGUUAUAACCCGGUCGGGUUCGGCGUGCCGUACAACCAUCUUCUCUUCUCGGACUCCAGAGAGCCUCUGGUGGAAGUGGCUCUUCAGAUAUUAAUAACAACAUUAGAUCACGACAUCACGGCCGCACUGUCAGAACUUGAAGAGUCUGCAGUGCCUGACAACCUCUUCAUCAACUACCUGAGUCGCAUUCAUCGCGAGGAAGAUUUUUCUUUUGUGCUUCGAGGGUUUACCAGGCUGUUGAAUAACCCUCUCCAGCAGACUUACCUUCCUCACUCCGCCAAGAAAGUGAAUUUCCAUCAAGAACUGAUGGUCUUCUUCUGGAAGUUUUGUGACUAUAAUAAGAAAUUCUUGUUCUAUGUUCUGAAGAGCAGUGACGUGCUGGACAUACUUGUUCCCAUAUUGUAUCAUCUCAACGAUGCUCGAGCAGACCAGUCAAGAGUUGGCUUGAUGCACAUCGGGGUGUUCAUCCUCCUGCUGUUGAGUGGGGAGCGCAACUUUGGGGUCCGUCUCAACAAACCGUACACUGCCUCUGUGCCCAUGGACAUUCCAGUGUUUACAGGUACACACGCGGACCUGAUGAUCAUAGUGUUCCACAAGAUCAUCACCACGGGCCACCAGCGUCUACAGCCCCUCUUUGACUGUCUCCUCACUAUUCUCGUUAAUGUGUCACCAUACAUCAAGACCCUGUCUAUGGUGGCAGCCAACAAGCUGCUGCACCUCCUGGAAGCAUUCUCCACCCCCUGGUUCCUCUUCUCUGCACCACAUCAUCACCACCUGGUGUUCUUCCUCCUUGAAACAUUCAAUAACAUCAUCCAGUAUCAGUUUGAUGGCAACAGCAACUUGGUGUACACGAUCAUCCGUAAGCGUCAGGUGUUCCACUCUCUGGCCAACCUGCCGACGGACUACGGCACCAUCAAUAAAUCUCUCAACAGACGGGGCAAGAGAGGCCUGAUGAGGCAGCCAUCCACAGACUCCAACAGAAGUAGGAUCAUGGAGGGCGCCCUACCUGCCCAACCGGCCCAGCCUGGCACAAAGACUGCAACCUUAGCCGCUAUGCCUGUACUGGAGAAAAUGACUGAGAAGGAAUCAGCUCACCCCACCACUCAGCAGCUGCAUGAACUGACAAUAGCAGCAACGGCAAAUGGUGACCUGGACCUGGUGGGCCCAGCGUCCUCCCCAUCUUUAGUGCCACCACGAGGGGUCGGGGAAGAGGAUCCCUUGGCUGCCGGCGGGAGUGACGUGGCUGUCCCGCUCCCACAAGGUACGGGCAUACAGCCUCCCACAGAGAACCACACUUUGCCUGUGGUGGAAGAUCUCAAGAUUUCAGACAAG